AUGCUGGAGAUGGACGGUAGCUGGUCGCAGCAAUCAUUUCAGACUGGAGACAAACAACCAAUUGUGGCCUUAAAGUCAUCGGAGGAGAAGAACUUGGAGCACCUAUUCAGGAGUGUCUACUAUGAAAUGUGCAACAAGGUCAAAGUCAAAUCAACAUUACUGCCCUUCAAGGUUUUAGCAGAACCGCUGAAUCUGGUGUUGGGUCUGCUGCCUAGCUGCUAUGUCAGAGUUGACAGUUCCAAGUGCCAACACAAGCAAGUUCCUGUACCAGAUCCCACUGAUGCGUGGAAACCCGAUCUAGUCCUUAUGGACUACAAGCUGAAGAAGCUUGCCAUGGAAGACAAGAGCUGGGUAGAUGUUCUAACAGGAGUCGAGAUCACAAUCUCAAACCUGUACGAAGGACGAGACAUACCAAUAUUCUUGGGGGUUGCAACCAAAAGCUACCUCAUCAUGUGGGAACAACCAUGGCGUCGUUUCAUACUGCUUUUCAGUGUCAUGAACUUGAAGUUUCGUGCUCAUUAUUUGGACCGCUCUGGCAUGAUCAUAUCGGUACCUCUCUCGAUUGGUAGAGACACUGUCUGUUUUGCCAAUGUCUUAAACAUGAUGAUGUUAGUAGGUCACCCUUCCCUUGGUUUCGAUCCGACCAUUCAUGUUUGCGGUACCAUUUGCCGAGACAUUCCUCAUGAUGACCUACCAGGGGGGUUCGAUGACAUGGUGAUCAGAGCGAUAGGCUGGGUUACAGACAAUGAGGGUGAAGUGUAUUGGAUCAUGGCCAUCUUAUGGAAAAGUUGUGGUCUUUUUUCAUGUGGAACUGUAUGCUAUCACACUCAGGACAAGAGUGGACGAGAGUAUGUGUUGAAGGACUGUUGGGUAGACGCAGAAGUUUUAUCACAUGAGGAAUCCCUCCUCAAUGUGGUCGCAGGCGUUCCAAAUGUGGUCCAGCUAGUGAAAUGUUGGGAUGUCCAGUAUGGCGGAAGUACUGACUGUACAUUAAACAUUUGUGACCACAUUUACGAUCACCUCCCACCUUCACCAAUAUUUGUCAACAAAGUUCACCAUUGCAUGCUUUUGACCCCCUGUGGACUCCCACUAACGACCUUCGCAUCUUUACCCGAAUUACUUAAUGUUUUUCUUGACCUUGUCAUUGUUCUACACGGAGAUCUCAGUCCCAACAAUCUCAUCAUCCACGAGGGCAAAGGCUACUUCAUCGACUUUGAUCAUGCUAAAUUCAUCCAAGAAAACCCAAUACCAAAGGAUUCACGUGGUACUAGGCUCCCUGUCAACUGCCGAAGAUGGCAAAAGGCAUAUGCAACAAUGGACCAAGAUGGUCUUGGGACUAGUGGUAGCCUCAAGAGAGAAUUCAUGAUAGAGAAAAAUCUGAGUUUCAAACCUUCAUCAUUCUUCAAAGCUUGCUGUCCUAUCCUUGAGGAGUGGCACCGGGCAAUUGGAGACGCAUUACAGGAUGAAAGGGACCUCUCUCAUGACGAAAUCAGGGAAAUCCUUAAAUGGGGGCUGGAAAAUUUGGACAGCUUUCCGAGUCCCAAGAUACUGUACCCUAUCAUGAAAUUGCCGCCAUCUGAGCAUGAUAGUCCGGCAGUUUCCACACCUUCUCAACCCAUAGCCACCCAGCCUUCUAAUUGGCUUCCUCAUCAUUCCACACGAAACAAUCUGGUUGCAGCUGUCGCCUUGUCAUCAUCCUCAAUGCCCCCCCCCCCCCCCACCUCCUGCACGUCCAGGCCGCCUGCCUUCAUCAGGACCAUCUGUUGCCUCGUCAUCAUCCGUACCUCUUCCCCCACCUUCUCUACCUGUUCCCAGUUACAACACUUGUUGUUCUUUGUGGAAGGUGAAAUAGCAUUCCUCGGCUUAGCUAGCUGA